CAAACCGCUCGCGUAAAUAAAUAACCGGUCUCCUAUCCAACUACUUAUAUGUUUACUCGUUAUAACGUUAAGCAACGAAAUGUGGAGAAAAAGCCAAAUUCAUUGGAGAUUUGCAAGGAAAAUGGAAUUGAAAUAUCAAGAAUUGGAUAAAGCCAUUGCUGAACGGAUUGACGCGAUGUUCCCUAAAAAGAAUUGUUUUAUAAACGUCUCGCCAGGAAAUGUAAUACUGCCACGACAAUUUAUGAAUAUUGGGGAAUCGAUUAGAAAUCUGAAAACGUAUACAGAUGAUGUUUGGCUUGUGUCGUAUCCACGUACCGGUUCGACAUGGGCCCAAGAAAUGGUUUGGCUAUUAGGCAAUCAUUUAAACUAUGAGCAAGCGAAGCAAAUGCAACAGUUGCGUGCUCCUCUAAUCGAAUUGUCAGCAUUGUACAGUGAGGAUCAUUACGAGUGGGUGUCAAAUUCUUUGGGUGAUACCGUUGAUGUUGUACGCAAGAUGCGGCGACCUCGAUUUGCACGUUCACAUUUGCCUUGGCAUUUACUACCCGUAGACUUGGAAAAUUCAAAGGCCAAGAUUGUUUACACGGCAAGAAACCCGAAAGACUUGUGUGUCUCCUUCUACUAUUAUUGUAAACUAAUGCAUGGCCUUCAGGGGACAUUUGAAGAUUUCCUCGAACUGUUUCUUAAUGAAAGCGCACCAAUUGGAUCAUAUUGGAAACAUGUAUUGCCAUUUUGGAAGCGCAGCACCGAACCAAAUGUACUUUUUUUGAAAUACGAGGAUAUGAAGCGUGAUCUACCGAGCAUUGUACGAAAAUGCGCAAAAUUCUUGCAAAUAGAUUAUCAAAUUUCCGAAACGGACUUAAGACGUAUUUGUGAUCAUCUUAAAUUUGAUAAAAUGCAAAAGAAUCCAGCAGUGAAUUUGGAACCGCUACUAAGUCAAACUGAUAUCAAUGGUAACGGCGUUCAAAUGACUAAUAAUGCUUAUGCGGAUAUCCAGUUUAUACGUAAGGGCGAAAUAGGCGAUUGGAAAAAUUAUAUAACAACUGAAAUGUCGCAAAGGUUCGAUAAAUGGAUUGACCAAAAUACGAGAGGAAGCGGACUAUCAUUCGAUUAUGAGUGAGUGAUCGUAAACGGAUUUGCGUUA